AUGGGAGCACAUAUGUGGCCUGGAGCAAAGACAAGGAUUUCCGAGUUUUUCAAUAAUAAUCAUGUUAACCAAAUCGUGACAUUCCUAAUUAUUGCUGCUGGCCUUUAUGUAUCAAUGGUGUCAAUUACGGGACAGAAUUUUUUGCACCCACUCUUGCCGGUCACUUCAAACACGCUGAAUUUGCAAAAUGCAGCCAACGAGAUUCUUCACUCAAUUAUUUCUUGCUUCAUGAUGAUCGUGUUGGCGGUGGCCGCCGGAAAGCUCGUCAAAUUUGUCUAUAUCCCGUCAUUAAUUGGAUGCAUGCUGGUCGGAAUAGCAAUGAGGAACGUGCCGCAGUUCGGAGAACUAUUCUAUAUCAACGAGUAUUGGCAAUUCAUCCUGCGAAAACUGUCUUUGGUCGUCAUCAUCAUCCGGUGGGGGAUCUCCAUUAAUGUUCGAUUUAUCAAAAAGAACUAUAUUUUCCCACCAAUUCUGGGGAUCGGCUCCGCGUUUUGCGAAGCAAUUGCGAUAUGUUUCACUGCUUGCGUCUUUUUCAACUUUCCCAUCUCACUUGGCAUUAUUUGUGGGUUCGUAGUGGCUACAGUAUCUCCAGCUGUCGGCAUGCCAACGAUGCUCCGGCUGAAAGAACAAGGAAUAGGAACAACGAAGAACAUUCCUGAUGUGGUUCCAGCUGCGUGCUGUUUUGAUAACUUUACGUCGUUGUUGAUAUUUUCCGUAACAUCGUCUGUCACUUAUACACAUGACGCUGUCUUCGCGACAAUGGUGAAAAGUAUCGGGGCCAUUGUACUGGCGGCGAUAAUUGGUUGCGUCAUCGGUUGGCUCCUUCGUUGGUUCCCAAAAAAUGACAAUAGACACACGCAUUUUGCUCGGUUUCUUGUCAUUGCGUCGUCCACUUAUGCGGUUAUAACAAGUAUGCUUGUCCUUGGCUACCCGUUUCCUGGAAUCGUUGCUGGUCUUUGCCUUUGCUGUGUUAGUACCACCCAGUGGCGAGAAGAUAACCCGAAAGGAAUCAAGGUUUUGGUUCACCAGUACGACAAUUUAUGGUAUUUUGUUGCAGUUCCUCUGCUAUUUUCUCUUGUUGGAUACACAUUUGAUUUUGAUCAGCUAUCAGCAUCGGAUUGGAAAACCGCGUUUGUCCUCAUCGCAGUUGGUUGUUCUUUCCGGUUGAUCUCUGCAAUGAUCUUAUCGUUUUGCGGGCACUUCAACAUCUACGAACAACUGAUUCUGGCCCUGACCUUGAUGCCAAAAGCAACUGUUCAGUGUGCACUGGCCCCGUCGCUUAUUCUAAUGACCGCUGGCUUUCCGGAACUCCGAGAGCAAACUAAACUGAUCGUCUACAUUUGCAUUAUCGCAGUAAUGGUGACAAGUCCUGUCGUUGAGAUUUUAUUGGAUAUUCUUGGACCAAGGAUCCUAAGGAUCAAGGAAGGCACAUCUUUGUAUAAUCGAGAUAUCACCAACUCCACAAUUUUGGAUGAAGUCGAUUCGAAGCAAAAUCUGCAAAUUAUCAAGUCGUCUUCGAACAACACUACUUUAAAUAAUAGAGUAAUCUAUGAGCUGAAUCCGAAUUUUGUACCAAUUAACAUCUCGGAAAACGGUUAUCCCAAACCACACUAUCAGUAUUUUAACAACACAAAUACAUACAGAAACGGAAUGAGGAAUUGA